GUGGUAGCUGCGGUGGCGGAGCUAGCCAUGGAGCACGUGACGGAGGGUUCCUGGGAGUCGCUCCCGGUGCCGCUGCACCCGCGGGUGCUGGGUGUCCUGCGGGAGCUGGGUUUCUCGUACAUGACGCCGGUGCAGUCUGCAACCAUCCCUCUGUUCAUGAAAAACAAAGAUGUCGCUGCAGAAGCGGUCACAGGUAGUGGCAAAACACUCGCUUUCAUCAUCCCCAUCCUGGAAAUUCUCCUGAGAAGGGAAGAGAAGUUAAAAAAGAGUCAGGUUGGCGCCGUAAUCAUCACACCCACGCGAGAGCUGGCUGUUCAGAUCGAUGAGGUCCUGUCGCAUUUCACGAAGCCCUUCCCACAGUUCAGCCAGAUUCUCUGGAUCGGAGGCAGGAAUCCUGGAGAGGAUGUUGCGAGGUUUAAGGAACACGGUGGGAACAUCAUUGUGGCAACCCCAGGCCGCCUGGAGGACAUGUUCCGAAGGAAGGCAGAGGGCCUGGAUCUGGCCAGCUGCGUGAGGUCCCUGGAGGUCCUGGUGUUGGAUGAAGCGGACAGGCUUCUGGAUUUGGGGUUCGAGGCGAGCAUAAACACCAUCUUGGAGUUUUUGCCGAAGCAGAGGAGAACGGGCCUCUUCUCGGCCACUCAGACACAAGAAGUGGAGAACCUGGUGAGAGCCGGCCUCCGGAACCCUGUGCGCAUCUCGGUGAAGGAGAAGGGCGCGGCGGCCAGCAGCACGCAGAAGACCCCCUCGCGCCUGGAGAACUACUACAUGGUGUGUAAGGCAGAUGAGAAAUUUAAUCAGCUGGUACAUUUUCUUCGAAAUCAUAAGCAGGAAAAACACCUGGUCUUCUUCAGCACCUGCGCCUGCGUGGAGUACUAUGGAAAGGCGGUGGAGGCCCUGGUGAAGGGCGCGAAGGUCAGGUGCAUUCACGGAAAGAUGAAAUACAAGCGCAAUAAGAUCUUCACGGAGUUCCGCACGUUGCAGAGUGGGAUUUUAGUGUGCACUGACGUGAUGGCCCGAGGAAUAGAUAUUCCUGAAGUAAACUGGGUUUUGCAGUACGACCCUCCCAGCAACGCCAGCGCCUUCGUGCAUCGCUGUGGCCGCACAGCCCGCAUCGGCCGCGGCGGCAGCGCGCUUGUGUUUCUCCUUCCCAUGGAGGAGUCGUACGUCAAUUUCCUUGCAAUUAACCAGAAAUGCCCUCUGCAGGAGAUCAAAGUCCAGAAGAACACAGUAGACCUCCUUCCAAAGCUCAAGUCCAUGGCCCUGGCCGACAGAGCUGUGUUUGAAAAGGGCAUGAAAGCUUUUGUGUCGUACGUCCAGGCUUAUGCAAAGCAUGAGUGUAACCUCAUCUUCAGAUUAAAGGAUCUCGAUUUUGCAAGUCUUGCUCGAGGUUUUGCCCUGCUGAGGAUGCCCAAGAUGCCAGAGCUGAGAGGAAAGCAGUUUCCAGAUUUUGUGCCUGUAGACGUCAGUACAGACACCAUUCCAUUUAAAGAUAAAAUCAGAGAAAAGCAGAGGCAGAAGCUAUUGGAGCAGCAAAGAAAAGAGAAAACAGAAAAUGAAGGGAGAAGAAAAUCCAUAAAAAAUAAAGCUUGGUCAAAGCAGAAGGCCAAAAAGGAAAAGAAGAAAAAACUGAAUGAAAAAAGGAAAAGGGAAGAGGGUUCUGAUAUCGAAGAUGAGGACAUGGAAGAACUUCUUAAUGACACAAGGCUCUUGAAAAAGUUUAAAAGAGGCAGAAUUACUGAAGAAGAAUUCGAGAAGGGGCUGUUGACAAGUGGCAAAAGAUCAGUCAAGACAGCAGAUUUGGGGAUCUCAGAUUUGGAAGACGACUGCUGAUUCCUGCCGCUCAGGUGAAAUGCACGAGAGCAGCCGGAACGCCAGGAGCUGCCCCGCG